CGGAAGAUUAAGCUCAACCUAAGUCAUUGUUUCAACUUUUUAGAAAUUACGAAGGCUUAAGCAAUAUGGUAUAUGGACCUCAUUUUCUUCUCUUUCAAUGCUUCCAAUGGUAGGCUUUAAUAAAACCUGCUCCUCCUUGCCAAGAUAAUCGAUUCAUUAUGUGUUCUUAAUUAAGACGAUACAUAUAUAUAUAGUUGUGUAUUUAUAUUUAUUUAUAUUUUAAAAACUGUCAUUUAUCACAUCAUUUCUAUGGAGAUUUCUUGUUUAAAAUUUUGGAAGAAUGGCAAUUUUCUUAAUCAAAGACUUGUUUUGUGUUUCAAUCUAAUGACCCCUCUUUUCGCAGGGCUGAUGGAAGAAGAGAUGUCGAAUAUGGUUGAGGAUGCCAAAGCAAUUGCAGAGGCUUCAGAUUGGAGGAGCCUUGGAUAUGCAACUACCCAUGCCGGAAAGUGUCCAAGAAAUGACGACAACAGACCAGCCUCAACAAAAUUUAAAGGGGUUGUGCCACAGCCAAACGGCCACUGGGGGGCCCAAAUCUAUGCAAAUCACCAGAGGAUUUGGCUGGGAACCUUCAAAACCGAGAUUGACGCUGCCAUGGCCUACGACAGCGCAUCGAUGAAGCUCCGAAAUGGGGAUGGUUACAGAAACAUUCCAUGGACCAAUACAAGCAUUCAUGAGCCUGAGUUCCAGAGCCUCUACAGUACAGAAACAAUUUUGAACAUGAUCAGGAACGGAUCCUACCCCUCCAAAUUCUCGAAUUAUCUGAAGAGCCGGUGGUCGGAACACGAACUAGGUCUCAAUCUAACGAGGGUGCAUGGGCAUGCAGCAGGUUUCUCUUGCAGGUUUGUAUUCCAGAAGGAACUAACCCCAAGUGAUGUGGGGAAGCUCAAUAGGCUUGUCGUGCCCAAGAGAUACGCGGCUAAGUAUUUCCCUCCUAUUACAGAAGAGAAUUUGGAUGGAGGAAUGGUGGAUGAGGUGCACCUCUUCUUCUAUGACAAGCAAAUGAAGCUAUGGAAAUUUCGUUACUGCUUCUGGAAGAGUAGCCAGAGUUGUGUCUUCACAAAAGGUUGGAGCAACUUUGUGAAGGAAAAGGGAUUGAAGGCAAAUGACAUCAUUUCUUUCUACACAUGCCAGGGUCAAGAUGAGGGGAAAGAAAGGCAGGCUUUCUGGGUGAUUGACAUCAAUUAUGCUGGGUGGUGUUCAAGAAACGCUAACGCGGCUGAGGGGAACCACCAAGCUGCCGAUAUGCAAAUGGAUCUAUGUUCUCAAUGCGAUUUAGCUAAGGAUGACGAGGAUGAACAAGAGUUGGAAGAUCCUAAGGUACUACUGCAUGAAGGGUUGUGGGAAGAACCGAGUGGGAAGAAAAGAAUUAGACUUUUUGGGGUUGAGAUUGAUUGAGGAACUUUGGUUCUCUUCUUUUGGUCUUAUUGGAAGAGAGUGAAGAGUUAAUUUGACCAUCAAGUUAAACUCUUUCAUGACAAAAUUUUGGAUUGAAAUUUAAGUCUUCUGUUUAUUGUCCAUGAAAGGAAGAAUCAACCCCACAUUGAUCAAUCAAAUUUUUUCAAGUGAUAAGUGGAUAAA